AUGUCGGUAUCUACAAGGAGCCUGAGACUACUCUCGUCAAACAGGAGCACGGUGGUGACCCGGCGAAAGUCGCCGACCCGGUUCAGCGACACGCUGAACAAGGGCCCCUCGUUCGACGACUUUGUGAGCGGACGGGCGAAGGACAUGCUGGUGGACCCGCUUGAGGCGGCCCGCAAGGACCCGAACGCCCGCUUGCCCAAGUGGUUGCGGGUGCCGAUUCCAAAGGGCCAGUCGUUCCACAAGGUGAAGAAGGACGUCAAGGAGCUCAAGCUCGCCACCGUGUGCGAGGAGGCCAAGUGUCCGAACAUCGGCGAGUGCUGGGGCGGCAAGAAGAGCGAGGCCACGGCCACCAUCAUGUUGAUGGGCGACACCUGCACGCGGGGCUGCCGCUUCUGCAGCGUGAAGACCAACAGGGCGCCGGCCUCGCUCGACCCGAACGAGCCGGCCAACACCGCCGAGGCCAUAUCCAGGUGGGAGUUGGGCUACGUGGUGUUGACCACCGUCGACAGAGACGACCUCCCGGACGGCGGAGCCGCCCACCUGCGGGAAACCGUCGAGCAGAUCAAGAUCAAGUCUCCGAAAACACUCGUGGAGGUGUUGAGCGGCGACUUCCGAGGUGACCUGGACCUCGUGCAGACCCUCGCCAACAGCCCGCUGGACGUCUUCGCCCAUAACGUCGAGACCGUCGAGGCCUUGACCCCGCACGUCCGUGACCGUCGGGCAACGUACCGCCAGUCCCUGAAGGUCUUGGAGAACGCAAAGCUCCACAACACACACAUCUUGACCAAGACCUCCAUCAUGUUGGGUUUCGGCGAAACCGACGAGCAGGUGAUGCAGACGCUGAAAGACCUCAGAGACAUCGACGUCAACGUCGUCACCUUCGGCCAGUACAUGAGGCCUACGAAAAGACACAUGAAGGUUGUCGAGUACGUCACGCCGGCCAAGUUCGACUACUGGAAGGACGUCGCCUUGAGCAUGGGCUUCCUCUACUGUGCUUCCGGACCGCUAGUGAGGUCUUCGUACAAGGCUGGAGAGGCGUACAUCGAGAACGUCAUCAGAAAGAGAAAGAGAAAUGUUGGAACCCCAAGAGAACUAGAAAUCGGAGAAGAGAAGUUUGUUUCGAAAAAAUUCUUAGAAAAUACCAACGCUUAG